UCAUGAUAAGAUGUUCUUGGCAGUAGUGUCCGUAGUAUCAUUAGUUUACUACUACAAGCAUCGAUGGCUACCGUAAAUAAUAUAGUUUUUAAUUUUCUUGUAUUCUCCAUCCUUUUUAACAAUGUGGAAAGUUAUCACGCCGUGGUCCUCAUCCACGGUGUCCUCACUGGAGCUGAUAGUAUGGAAAUUAUCAGUAACAGAAUCCAAGAAAUGCACCCAGGGACUCAAGUUUAUAAUAUCCCGAGGUUUGCCGGAUGGAGCAGUUUGGAGCCUAUGUGGCGACAAGUAAAGGAGAUAGGUAUGGAUAUCCUAUCCAUUGGUGCUGCAUUUCCUGAAGGAAUAAAUUUGGUGGGUUACAGUCAAGGUGGCUUAUUGGCUCGAGUGAUACUACAAGCAUUUCCCGAUCACAAUGUCAGGAAUUUUAUUUCGCUGAGCUCGCCACAAGCUGGACAAUACGGAACCCGAUUUCUGCAUUUAUUCUUCCCUGAUUUAGUCUGCGCGACGGCCUAUGAAUUGUUCUAUUCGAAAAUUGGCCAGCGCACCAGCGUUGGGAAUUACUGGAAUGAUCCUCAUCAUCAGGAACUAUAUCAGGAAUAUAGUAACUUUCUCCCGUACGUGAACAAUGAAAAGAACACAACGAAGAUUCAGCUGUCUAAACGAGGUCUUACGAAAUUAAAACAUAUGGUACUCAUUGGAGGACCUGAGGAUGGCGUAAUUACACCAUGGCAAAGCAGCCACUUCGGAUACUUCAACGCUGAUGAAACUGUGAUAGAUAUGCGCGAUCGAAAUAUUUAUAAGGACGAUUUAAUUGGAUUGAAGACGUUAAAUGAAAACGGGAGACUCACUCUCAUCACUGUCCCAGACGUACCCCAUUAUGAAUGGCAUAAAAAUGUAUCCAUAGUAGAUGACUAUUUAUUACCGUACUUAGAUUAAUAACAUCUUAUUCUAGAUAAUUAAUUAUUGCGAUAAGGGAAACUCCGACAAUUUUAAUAUUUAUUAAUAUGAUACAAUGUUUGUAAAUCAAUUUUAUUAUUAUAUCAGAAACACACAAAAUACCUCGUAUGUAGAUAUAAGUAGUGAAAAACGUGUAACAAUUAAGGCAGCUCAAUAACGGAUUUAUACAUGUGUUCUUUUUUGUACAAAUAAAUGUUUACUACCUUUUUUAAUACAAAAUUAAACAUUAA